AUGUAUAAAAAGUUACGACACAGUUGUAAAAGCAUCACAACAGUUUGUGAAGCCAAAACAACCACUUCAUUCAAGAUGAAAUUCCAAGCUAUCCUUCUCGCCGCCGUGGCCUGCGCUGCCCUCGCCUCCCCCGCUCCCGCACCCGCCCCCGAAGGCAUGGAGUGGACCGCGACCUACGGCAGCUACCCGCUCAACUACUACCGCUCCUACCCGCUGGCUUACCGCUACUACACCGCCCCACUCACCGCGCCGCUCGCCGCCCCGCUCGCCGCCCGCAUCGCCGCUCCGAUAGUGGCGCCGCUCACGGUGGAUGCCAUCAAGUCUUAUGACCCGGAGUACUUCGCUUCCAUGUACGGAUUCUACCCGACUGCCAAUUGUAAAAGCAUCACAACAGUUUGUGAAGCCAAAACAACCACUUCAUUCAAGAUGAAAUUCCAAGCUAUCCUUCUCGCCGCCGUGGCCUGCGCUGCCCUCGCCUCCCCCGCUCCCGCACCCGCCCCCGAAGGCAUGGAGUGGACCGCGACCUACGGCAGCUACCCGCUCAACUACUACCGCUCCUACCCGCUGGCUUACCGCUACUACACCGCCCCACUCACCGCGCCGCUCGCCGCCCCGCUCGCCGCCCGCAUCGCCGCUCCGAUAGUGGCGCCGCUCACGGUGGAUGCCAUCAAGUCUUAUGACCCGGAGUACUUCGCUUCCAUGUACGGAUUCUACCCGACUGCCAAGUGA